CAGCGGGGCGGGAUUUUCCAGCCGUGACGUCCCGAGUUUUCCAACAACUAACAAGCUCUGACACUUCGACAUCAUGGCGUAGCGAUGUGGACGGACGGGGGUAACACUGGUUGGCACGGAGAAGUUCAGAAACUGAGCAUUGUGGAGGUUUUGUAAACAGUUGAGAAAACAAACUGAAGGAAAUCCCGAAAUCUUGUCGAGCAGACUUCCGGUUAAUCAGUGACUAAAGAUGAUGGCUGAUGCCAGCGACAUGUUGGCCGCCGCCCUGGAGCAGAUGGAUGGCAUUAUAGCAGGCUCCAAGGCUCUGGACUACUCCAAUGGGAUGUAUGACUGCCAGUCUCCUACCUCUCCCUUCAUGGGCAGCCUGCGGGCGCUUCACCUUUUGGAAGACCUCAGUAGCGUUCUGGAGUUGAUGGACACCGAUGAAAGGGAAAGUCUACGCUGCCAGAUCCCCGACUCCACAGCUGACAGUCUGGUGGAGUGGCUCCAAGGUCACCUGUCUAACGGGCACAUCUCUCUGAGCGGUGGCGACCACUACCAGGAGAGGCUUUCCAGAAUCGAAACUGAUAAGGAGUCUCUGGUCCUUCAGGUGAGCGUGCUGACAGACCAGGUGGAGGCUCAGGGAGAAAAGAUCAGAGACCUGGACCUGUGUUUGGAAGAGCACAGAGAGAAACUCAAUGCCACAGAGGAGAUGCUGCAACAGGAGCUUCACUGCAGAAGUACUCUGGAAAACCAGAAGCUGGAGCUGAUCUCUGAAGUGUCCAACCUGAAGCUGAAGCUGAACUCCAUGGACAAGGACAGACUGGACUUUGAUGACAGAUUUAGAGACAGUGAGGAUUUGAUUCUUGAGAUUAAUGAACUGCGGUAUAGAAUGACAGACCUGGAGGGUGAAAAACUGCAGUAUGAAAAGAAACUCAAAUCCACCAAGGAGGAGCUAGCCAUACUGAGGAGGCAGCUGGAGGGCAGAGACGGAGAAAUGAGGCGACUACAGGACGAGACAGGUUUCAAAGCCAUCGCCUCGAGCAGCUCCGACCCCACAGAGAGAGUCUCUCAUCCAGAUGAAACUCUUAGAAAGAGGCUGAAAGAAAAACAUGUGGAAGUGCAGAGAAUGAAAAAGGCAGUCGAGUCGUUGAUGGCAGCGAAUGAAGAGAAGGAUCGUAAGAUUGAUGAACUAAAGCAGUCGCUGCUGCGGUAUAAGAAAGUUCAAGAAAUGGUGAUGUCAGUGCAAGGGAAGAAAGAGAAAGGCAAAGAUAACGAGUAUUUCGAGGGUGACGGUGAUGGAUUCAACGAGUUCUUCCUAAACAUCCCGAUGUCUGCCGAGUCGGAGAAGUAUGACGUAUUAGAUGUUGAACUGAAGAGGAGGAGCCCAGAUGAGUUGGAGAUGCUUAAUGGUCAGACUGAAGAGCCUUCACCCUCUCCCAGCCCUUCAGAUCCAGAACGAGUGUCAGAGUCGGCACCAACAGAUGCUGAAAGCUGCCAGGACCCCAUCAAGAAGGGCAGCCAGGAUCAGAUGGAAAGGAGCAAUAAUGAAAAGAAUGCUAGUGAAGGGAUCAGUAAGAUGAGUGGGAAGCCUCCUGUGGGUUCCUCUGCGACCCUGCCGACCUCCACAGAGGACGAGAGCUUCGGCUCCAGAAAGGCUCGCUCAUCCUUUGGAAAGGGCUUCUUCAAGAUCCGCGGGGGCAAGAAGACAGGCAGUACUCCUAACCUCGACCGCAGCCGGAGCGCAAGUGCCCCUAUGCUAGCUGAAACGGAGCGACCGGGCACCGACCAUCUGGACCUGGCCGGGCUGCCACAGAGGUCGGCUAACAGCGACAGCACCAACACACUCUCCACGACCCCUGAGGGCAGGAAAAAAGCCAAAGGAAUAAAGAAACUCUUUGGGAAGCUAAAAAGGAGUCAGUCUACCACAUUUAACCUGGAUGACAACCUACCAGAGGGAGACUUUAAGAGAGGCGGAGUGCGAGCCACAGCGGGACCCAGGCUGGGAUGGUCUCGGGACCUCCAGAAACCCAAUGAGGUUGAUGCCCCCUUUGCGCGCUGGUCGAAGGAUCAGGUGUGCGACUGGCUGCAGGAUCAGGGGCUCGGUCUCUAUGUGAACAUGGCUCGAGUGUGGAUCUCCUCUGGACAGACGCUGCUACAGGCCUCACAGCACGACCUGGAGAGGGAGCUGGGCAUCAAACACCCGCUGCACAAAAAGAAGCUGCAGCUGGCUCUGCAGGCCCUCGGCUCAGAGGAGGAGAAUAAUAAAGGAAAGCUGGACUACAACUGGGUGACCAGAUGGCUGGAUGACAUCGGUCUGCCUCAGUAUAAGACCCAGUUUGACGAGGGGAGGGUGGACGGUCGCAUGCUGCACUACAUGACAGUGGAUGACGUGCUUUCUCUGAAAGUGGGGAGUGUCCUGCAUCACCUCAGCAUCAAGAGAGCCAUCCAGGUCCUCCGACUCAACAACUACGAGCCAAACUGCUUGCGUCGAAGGCCAUCUGACGAGAACAAUAUUUCUCCAGCAGAGAUUUCCCAGUGGACCAACCACAGGGUGAUGGAGUGGCUGCGCUCUGCAGACUUGGCUGAAUACGCUCCCAACCUGAGAGGCAGCGGAGUGCACGGAGGCCUGAUGGUCCUGGAGCCGCGCUUUAACGUGGAGACCAUGGCUCUGCUGCUGAACAUCCCCCCCAACAAGACGCUGCUGCGCCGCCACCUCGCCACACACUUCAACCUGCUCAUCGGCUCCGAGGCCCAACAGCUCAAACAGGAGUGUCUUGAAAACCCAGACUACACUCUGCUGACUGCCACCACUAAGGUCAAGCCAAGGAAAAUGUCAUUUGGUAACUUUGGAAGUCUGAGGAAGAAAAAGCACGACGAGAACGAGGAGUACGUGUGUCCGAUGGAUGUGGAGAUGCCAAAGGGACGAAGCUUUCAGAAAGGCUAUGAGCUCCAAAUCUACGAGGACGACCUCGACAGACUAGAACAGAUGGAGGACUCUGAGGGAACUGUGAGACAGAUCGGAGCUUUCUCUGAGGGUAUUCAAAACCUGACGAGCAUGCUAAAAGACGAUGAAUUCUUCAAAGAGGCUUCCAAUUCACCGAACCCCAGCGUAACAGACGAGGACUCCAUGGCUUGAGGCAGUCGGCACCCCGAGCUCUGGUCCUGCUGAGAAUGAAACUCUGGGCCUACCCCUCCCCACUACUCACAGACUUGGCUCAACAAACCCCAAGAUUGCUCCAACAUUUCAUUUUAGUGUUAAAUUCAAAGAUGAGCCAAAAGUAUUACAGUGUCUCCUCCUUUUCAGUUUCAAACGACGGUUUUGUGGCAGCCUACAGUCCUUUCACUCCUGAACUCUGUCUCCGUCAGAGGGAACAUUUAGGGCAUCACCACUGCCUGCCAGCUGGUUUCUGGAGAUAUUUUCUACUCAGUUGUGUACUGGCACCGUUUAUAUUUAUGAUAGAAGUGUCAACCAGCAGGAUAAAAGACAUCUUAAAUAUGCCAAUAUAGAUUUUAAUAUAUGUCUUGUAAUCUGCCUCCUGAAGGGAUGUGCUGAGACGAUUUUACUCAUGUUUAGAAGGUGGUGUAAAGUAAUAACUCUAAAACAGCUGCUAUGUUUUCUUCAGAACUAAACCCUGCUAUUUACGUGGGAAUGUUCACAUAUGUUAUUCUACGUUGAACAUUUUACAGGUUUUCACUCCAAAGUAAUAUUCUAAAUCUAUUUGCACCAAUAUAUAUCGUACAGUACAAAGGCUAUGAGUAACAUUGCAUGGUAAUAACAUUCAACACAUUUAUGUAAGAGCUUUUUUGGUUUUUUUAUUUGUUUUUUUACCAUAAAUUGAUUUAAAUGGAACCCUGUUUGUUGACAGUUCUUUUCAGAAAAGUUGAUUUGGAUGUCCUUUUUAUUUCAGAUAAUAAUGUUUUAAUGCAACCCUCGACCAUCCACGAGAAGUUGUGUAUAUAGUUUUUUUUACGUUCAUCCAUUUCUAAGAUCAAUAAAAUAAUUUAAAUCGG